CAUUUGAUUAAUGCAACUUGAGCUGACAAUUUUUAGUGCAUCAUGAAAAAAUCAGGAAUGGCCACUUUCUCGCCCGUAGCUAAGUGCCGGUACAAGAAUCGUUCCAUAAGCUUGCCUGCUCAGUCGCAUCCAAGUGCAGGAAAAAUCGAGGAAGAGCUCGACAAGCUCAGGUCUUGGCAGGAGGCACCACUGUCGUGCUCCAAUAAGGCGGAGGACUUGCUCCGACGCCUACUUGGGCUCGGCGAGCUGUACACGUGCAUCGCAGAUUUCCUCUAUUUGCCAUCCACCAGGAGAGCUCUAGGACAAAGCCGGCACGAAAUGUGGCUCGACGGGUUGCUCCAGAGCUCCAUAAACUACCUAGACGUGUGCGGCAGGAUCCAGGAUGCGAUCUCAUCGUUGAAAGGAAGUGUUCGAGAGCUUCAGUCUGUCCUCAGAAGAAGCAAAGUCAGAAUUCUCGACUUUGAGAACGACCUCCAUGCAUAUGUUUCCUUCAGGAAAGGGAUGAGGAAGGAAAUCGCAAGAUCUCAAGCAAUGCUCAAGCAACAGGAGCACAACAUGCUCGAGGCAUUCACUCCCUCACUCCUUGAUGAUAACCUUUGCGCGGUAACAAGUGUACUAAGAGAGGCGAGUGCCGUUGCCGACUCCGUCUUCCGUGCGCUCCUGUUGUUCCUAUCACCAUCGGUCUCGAAACCGAAGCUGAGUAGAUGGCCGUCGAUUUCGAGGUCGGUGCUCAAACGGGUGAUGGCUUGCGACGACGACCGUCGGGAGAGCACGGAACCAACUGAGCUAGAGAGUGUGGACAUGGAACUUACCAAAUUGCUGGAGUCCACUUCAGGCAAGCACAUGGAUAGCGAGAGGAUCGAGUCAGCAAACUUGAAGUUACAGGCUUUGAGUGACUGCGUCGAAGGCCUUGAAAGCGGAUUGGAGCGCUUGUUCAGGCACCUAAUCCACACAAGAGUGUGUCUCCUGAAUUUGUUUUCCGGUUAAAAAGUCCUACCAAUUUAUAUUCCUGUGUUCUUGUUCAUGUAUAGU